AUGAGAUCAAACUCAGAUCAGAAACAAGGGAUAUUGGAAGUAAAAGAUGCCAAAAAACCAAUCCCUGGUUGUGAGGAAGUGGUUGGAGAUUCUUCAGAGGCAAAUAAAUUCAAUAAUAAGCAUCACAAAGGAGCUAUCACAGCUAUCAUUAAUUUAGAUGGCAAUCUGGCAAUGCUCAUGAAAAAGAAAAAACUACUGUUCAACCUCAAGCCUCCAUAUGUCAAGGAAGCCCUGAAUGCAAAUAUGGAACCACUGGAGUGCAGUGCAGAGUUGAAUUUGAAUUCAAUUAAGGAGGAAAUACUGGCUGCCAUGCAUGAAUCAUAUGAGGAAAUUUCAGAAGGGGAGGCAAAGCAAUCACUGGCAGACUACCUCAAGGCUAUUGACCAAGCACCAGCUUUAUUGCAGUGUUUGUUACAAGAACUUGCAUACCAGAUGAGUUGGUGGUUUUCUGUCAUUGCAGAGGGCCCUCUUCCUACAGACAAUGGGAAUAUACAUACCUCUUUCACAUUGGUCAAACCACCCAUGGCUGUACUUUUCUCAAUGACCUCUGAAGUGAGAGCUCAGUAUGCUCUCAACCAAGGGCAAUUUGAUAUUCUGAAUGAUACAGCUGAUCAUAAAGGACAAGCAGGUCCAACUGUUUUUCCACCAGCACUGGAACUGACCAUGCCAUUCAAACAUCUCAACAAUCUCAAUUUCCUUUUGAGGGGUCUAGAGCAGCCUCAUACUGAUGAUCUCCAUCUUCCUUCAAAUCAGCUACCUCUGCUAUCUUCUCCACAUGAUGAUGCUGAAUUUGAGGAUCAGCUUGAGGACCAGGGAGGGUCAGAGAUGCCAUUCAUUUGGGAGCAUGCUGAUCAAACACAAAACCAUGCUGAAGAAGACAAUAAUGAGAGGAAUUCAGAGAUGAGGGACUCACUUGUCAACUGGCAGGACCUUGAGGCACACAUAUUGCAGAUGCAAGGACAUUCUCCUGGCAAGGUUAUUGACUCAGCUUUUAGGGAUGUAUGGCUUUUUGAUGGAACUGUGCAAGUGGUGGAAUGCAAUGCAAUCUGUUUAGCAUCAAAACAAAACCAGCAUUCUACUAUUGCCAGUAAAGGGGGUCAAAAUAGCACAGUCACCAUCCUCAUAGGGCUCAUGUGGUGGAGACAGGAUACCCUCAAGGCUAAAGAUAGGGCACUUUGGAAGGAAAUGGUGGUGGAUGUUGAUAAGCACUUGAGGCACCAAGGCACAUCUAAUCAGACAUGGGAAUUUCUAGAAAAGGUUGGGGGUGGACCUUAUCAUGAGUGA